UCCAUGAUCCAGAUCUUUAGCUUGCUGUCCUCCAGUACGAUGCUUAUCAGUCGACUUCUCGGAUAUAAGCCAAAGUUGCGAGGAGCCUGAGAUUUGAAUGUAUGGGUGUCGAAGCUGCCGUUAUAAGCUUGGGCUACAAGGACUCUCAUUGUUCAUCUCUAACUCCAGUGCAGCUGCAGAACACAUAGUUAUCCAUGACCAAAGAGGCUGUGCAAAGAAGAUUGGCGGAAACCCACACCAGCACCUCAGUUGCACCUGCCAUACUCACAGAUUGAUCACACUCUUAAAGUCCGACUCAAGCUUCACGACAGAGCUAGACAUGUCUAUUGAUAUGCCGUCACUGUCAUAACUCGCAUACUCUUCAAUCUCGUCAUCAAAACAAACUCACACACCCCGAACCUCUAACAUCAUCAUCGUCAUACCUAUACCACACAAACUUGAUUACCGCAAACCCUCCGCCCAUGACAUCUCC